UUCAGUGCCUACGCGUGUUUUUCACGGGAAUCGAAAAAAAUGCAGAGUCUGCAAGAAAAGGCUUCCGAAUGGAGUGGGGUUGCCAUAGACGACGCUUUUUCCAUCGAUGACACCAACCUCUUUAACAAGCUCGGCCUUCAAACCUUCAUUAACCUCUCCACCAAUUUCUACAACAGGGUAUACGCCGAUGAGGAAGAGUGGUUUCGUUCAAUAUUCGCUAAUUCUAAGAAAGAAGACGCUAUUCAAAACCAAUACGAGUUCUUCGUGCAACGAAUGGGUGGACCUCCUCUCUUUUCCCAAAGAAGAGGACAUCCCGCUCUAAUUGGUCGACAUCGCCCAUUUCCUGUAACGCAUCAAGCUGCAGAGAGAUGGUUACAUCACAUGCAACAAGCAUUAGACAGUACUCCAGAUAUAGAUGGUGACUCAAAGACCAAAAUGAUGAACUUUUUCAGGCACACUGCAUAUUUUUUGGUCGCUGGAGAUGAGCUAAAGAAUCAAAACCAACAGAUUCCCUGCAAACAUGCAGCCAAAAGAGAUGAUUCAUAAAUCUUUAUUUCAAUUUCCUUUUUAUUUAUUGCCUUUUUGCCAAAACUUUGUGUAAAAAAUAGUUGAAGCAUUGUCCAAGCGUUGGGGAGAUGAAAAGGAUGUCAUGUUACACGCUUGCCAACUCAAGUAAGACGAGGUUCAUGAUUGUUAGCUUAGAAUCGAUAGUGCACUGAGAAAAUACAAAAAACAGUAUUGAAUUGCCUUUAAGUUGUACUCACUAAACUCUGGCAGGUCUAAUCCUUAGAAGUUAUAUGAUUUUUUCCUUGAAUUU